AUGGCCUCCACCUCAGACCCUCUCCAGAUCGAUGGCAGCGUCCUCGAGGGCGGCGGCCAGCUCCUCCGCAUCGCAGUCGCGCUCUCCGCCCUCCUUUCGCGCCCCAUCGUCAUCCACAACAUUCGAGCAAACCGCAAGCCUCCGGGCCUGAAGAGCCAGCAUGCUGCAGGCAUCCGCCUCGUUGCCGAGAUCUGCGCCGCCCACCUAGACGGCUGCGAAGUCGGUUCGAGCACCGUCACCUUCGCGCCCCAACACCUGCCGGAGCUACACAGGCCGUACCUCGCCGACCCCGGCACAGCCGGGUCCAUCGCGCUCCUGCUUCAAGUCUCCCUCCCAUGCCUGGUCCUCGGCGCCUCCUCCGCAUCCCCAGAGCCGACCGUGCUCGCCCUCAAAGGCGGGACGAAUGCGGCCCAGGCCCCCCAGGUGGACUACACCACGCACGUCUUCCUCCCCUUCCUCCACGCGCAGUUCCGCCUCGCCCCCACCCUGCAAGUCGUCAAGCGCGGGUACUACCCCAAGGGCGGUGGUGAAGUGCGCGUCGAGGUCCCCGCGCACCCCGGUCCGCUUCCGGCGGCGACGCUGCUCGCGCGCGGGGACGUAACGACGGUUUACGGCCGCGCGUACGUCGCGGGGCUGCCCAAGAAGCUAGCCGAGUCCAUGCGCACUGCGGCGUCGGCCGUCCUCCUCAAGUCUGGAAUUGCGCAGAAGCAGAUCAAGAUCGACGUCGUGCGCGACAAGCCCGAGGAGUCGAUCGGCGCGGGGUCGGGCAUUGUGCUGUGGGCGGAGACCGAGGGCGGGUGCGUGCUUGGAGGGAGCGCACUGGGCAAAAAGGGCUUGGAGCCGACCCAAGUCGGCAGAGAAGCUGCGAGUGAACUUCUCAGCAAUCUCGAGCAUGGGGGGUGCGUGGACGAGUACAUGCAAGACCAGAUGGUUAUUUUCCUCGCCCUUGCUCAAGGCACUUCAAAGGUUCAGACAGGUCCACUGAGCCUGCACACCAAGACUGCUAUCUGGGUAGUAGAGCAGAUGACAUCCGCCAAGUUCACCGUCGAAGAUACCGAAACUGGCGCGUCUAUCCAAUGCGAGGGGAUUGGCUACGUGCCAUCUGCUCGCUAG